UAAAAUUGCCACAUAAUUCAAAAAUAAAAAUAUACAGUACUGUUUAUUCCAUCACUCAGCCCUAAAACACUUGACGCCGAGUUUUAUGUUAUCGUUUCACCGCCGUUUUGUUGUUCUUCCUGAGCUCUGGCCACGCUCUCUUUCUAUCUCUCUCUGAAAUUCGCUAAUCUCUGUCGAUUAUUUCAUCCCCAGAUUCAGCAAAAUGGCUUUCUGCAAUAAACUAAGCCGUCUCGUGAGGCAAGGAGCUUCCCAGAGAGAGAACGUCUCCGUGAUCGGCUCUCUCAACAAGCAAACCGUAAAGUGUUUCUCUGCAGAGGCCACUCACCACAGGUACCACCAGGAGACACACAGUUUUCUGGAGCCGGAGAGCUAUAUCGAUAGCUGGGAGGCCCCGAACGAUCCCAAAGAGGCACAGAGAAAGCUUGCGCAGCUUAGGAGAGAUUACGCACAGAAAGUGAAGGUGUACCGUAAAGAGUACAUACAUGAAAUUGAGAUGCUUCGGGUCGAGAAACAACUUAAGGACGAGGCGAGACUGCAGGCUGAACGAACCGCCAACGAGGAGAGGCGGCGGUUGAAGGCUGAGGCAGCUAAGGUCAGGGCUGAGGAACGCAAGAUCGCUGAGGAAGAGUUCAGGAAAACCCUGAUGAAUGAAAGAGCGGAAAAGCUGGAGUAUUGGAGAAUGGUUGGAGUAAAAAGGGAAGAUAAGAAGAAAGAGAAAAAGACGCAAUUGCAUGAGCAGAGUUCAUUGUGGAUCGAGCCAAAAGAAUUGGAGAAGAAGAUUACAGAAGCGCUGGUUGAGUCCAUUACUCUCUAAUCCAAGCCCCCCUUUUCGUCUGAAUCUUUGUUUUGAGAAACAAUCACUUUAGUAGUCUUUGUUGGAGACAACUCUUUUCUUCUUCAAAUAGAGAAAGAAAGCGAAGGCGUUUUCGGCCUUUUUGAAUGAGUCACAUAACGAGUAUUAAAGUCCGUCUUGUGACCAAUCUUGUUUGUGGUUUUGGUGACGUUAGAUCAUUAAUAAGAACUUUCCUCUUGAUUGUUAUAUCACUUACAACAAUGCUUCUCGUGUCA